AUGGAUCGCAAACGCACAAAUGAGGCCGUGCUUUUGGUCACCGGCGCAUGGCACAUCCCAAGCCACUAUCGCAAACUGAUCAACGGACUCGAAUCAAGAGGGAUUCGGACUAUAUGCCCCACCCUCCCAACAAACAAUAAUGUGGUGCCUCCCAACAAGUCUUUCCAGGACGAUGUCGACUUUAUUCGGGACAUCACGGCAGCCGAGGUCGCUAAGGGCACCAGGCUCACCGUUGUCGCCCACUCCUACGGAGGCACCGUGUCGACUGCAGCCGUGGGCGAGUUUGCGUUCCCAGUGACCGGUGACACGAAGAAGGGAGGUGUCGUGGAUAUCCUUUACGUGACCACUUGCCCCCCGAAUGAAGGGCAAUCCAUGGUGAGCAUGUUUGGCGGCGUUCUCCCUCCAAUGUUCCAUGCCCAGGCGGACGGCACAUUGAAAAUCGACAACCCGGAGUACUACUUUUUCAACGACCUGCCUGACGAGGAAGCCAAGAAGGCUGUGGGGAUGCUCGUGGAACACCAGGUAGAAGCCAUGUUCACGCCUAUGGACUGUGCAGGCGGCAAGGCGGCUUUCAGGGUGAUUCCGACGAGCUACUUGGUUUGCGAAGGGGACACUGCCAUGCUUCCCGAGUUCCAGGAGAUGAGCAUUGCGAGGCUGAGAAGUGAGGGUGUUGAUGUCCGGGCGUACCGGUGCAGCGGAGGACACAAUGCGUUCAUGAGUGUGCCUGAACAAGUCAUCGAUGUUAUUCUGAAGGUGUUGAAGUCUCGGAGAGUUUAA